AGCAACAGCAACAGCAACAGCAACAGCAACAACAACAGCAACAAUGACAACAACAACAACAGCAGCAGCGGCAGCAGUAAUACCACAACAAGCUUCUUUACAAACAGAAUCCUUACCUCCUACUUUGCCACAGAUGACAAGUGCGCCUAUCACUUCUUCUUCCAACAUAACUACUUCAUCACCUACAAUAAUUCACACACAUACAAUGCCUAUUACGUCUACUACUACAACUGCUACAACGUCAACUAUAGCAGCAGCAACAGCAACAACAACGAGUCAUAGUGGAACAAUUCAAGUUAGUGCUCAAACUCCUACUUCUACACCUAUUUCAACAAAUAAUAAUAAUAAUAAUAAUAAUAAUACUUAUCCACAAGCAAGCUCAUCUUCCUAUUCAUAUACUUCACAUGCUGCUACUUCUUCUUCUUCUUCUUAUACAAGUGCUGGACCAGGCAAUACUGCUCCCUUAAGAGGUCCUCCACUUUAUCAUCAUCAUAGCAGCAGUAGUUAUCAUCACAACCCUUAUUAUAGCAAUUAUCAUCCCUCACCUUCAAUAACAAUGCCUCCUAUUCGACAAAGAAUCUCUUGGGCCCCUGAUCAAGAAAAAGAGUUGGAAAGAUAUCAUACAGAGCAACGAAAAUUAUGUGAUGAAGAGAGUAAGAUUUUAACAAGUUCACGUAAGAGUCGAUUUGAAUUAGAACUCGCCAAUUGGGAAACAAAGAAAUUAGAUCAUCAGUUAGAGCUUGUUCAAAGGCAAUGGGAAGAAAAUAAUAUGGAAGAAUUAGUACGAGAUGAAUUAGCCUCUUCCAAGUUUUCAACAUCACGGUCUAAUUCAUUUGGUUUAACUGCUAACGCAACAACAAAGUUACCCAUUUUAUAAAAAAAAAAAAAAUUGUAUAUAGAUUAUAUAAUAGAAUUACAUCACUUCUAUUAUCGAUCCAUUUGUUUGAUUAGUUAUUGGAUUUCUCCUAAUAACUAUAUUUUAUACUCUAUUUACUAUAUAAAAAGCAAAUUGGACUCGUUAUGUAAAUAAUAUAAAGGGUCGUCAUAAAAAUUUGACGUGAUAAAUUAAAUGAGAAAUAAAC